AUGUCCAUAUUGGAGGCUUUGGACGAGGCGAAGACCUGCCUUUUCAUGCUCACCCCACCCCAUCACGUCGACCUGGUCCCUACACGAGGCGGUUUCCCAGUCGAAUUUGAGCCUCAUCCCCUCCCAGCAGACUACCAACCCACUGAAAGCAGCGAGCAGCGUAUCAACAACUUCGUCGCACGCAAUACCGAGCCGCUCACUGCCGCCAACACGACUAGCACGACAAACACAGACUGCCCAGUCUGCAUGGAGAAUGCUACCGCGCACGCAUGUGUCAAGAUAAAGGGUAUCCAAGGCUGCGGACACAUGAUCGGUAGAGACUGUCUCGAAGAAUUCCUGAAACAGCGCCCGGAUGACGAGAAGACAUGUCCACUUUGCCGAGCUGUAUGGCUUGCAGAAAAUGGAGUCUGGCAGGAUUCGGAUCAGUGGAGCGAACAUAUUGCUCAGGCGAACCUAGGUCAUCGUUUCGCGAGGUGGUAG